AUGUUUUGGAUCCAGAGAGAUUAAUACAAUGUCCAUAUAAUAAACAUCAUCGAAUCAGAGCCUGUCGGUUUCCCUAUCACCUUGUAAAGUGUCGGAAGAGCUACCCUGAAGUUGCAAAGGAAUUGGCCACGUGCCCCUUCAACGCUCGCCACCUAGUUCCUCAAGCUGACCUCAGCAAUCACAUAGCAAAGUGCAAUGACAAAGGGUUCCUUGAGCAAGAUAUAGUGAAUCAGUACUCUGGCUUCCAGAGAGAGCAGAUGAAUCCUGUGAGCACAUGGCAGGCACCUCCAUGUGAUGAAGACUGGGAAGAAGAGUCGCUGGAGCAGUCAGGUUCUCCUUUUGUUUGGGGCAUGACCAAACACGAUAUGAACAGUGCCACUUCUGAACAAAAGAACUGCUUGCCUUCAAGAGUACGUGCCCCUGAGUCCUUCCCAUAUGCCAUAUGGAAAAGCU